AUGGUUAAAUUGAACGAGUUGGGCUUCCAGCUGCUCCCGCACCCACCGUAUUCGCCAGAUUUGGCCCCCAGCGACUAUUUCCUAUUCGCUGAGCUCAAAAAAAUGCUCGCUGGGAAGAAAUUUCGAUCGGAUGAGGAGGUCAUCGCCGAAACUGAUGCGUAUUUUGAGGGUCAGCCAAAAUCGUUCUACAAAACCGGCAUCGAACGUUUGGAAAGGCGUUGGACUGAUUGUAUUGCCUUAAAAGGAAACUAUAUUGAUGAAUAAAUUCGAAUUUUUAUGUAACACUUGUGUUUUCUUUG